AUGGCCACAGCGCACGAGCAAGCCCGCGAUUCGUACGUCAACUUCAUGUGGCCGACAGUCAUGACACUCCCCGGCGACCGGUGGCAAUGGCAUCAAGCCCUGCGUCGCUGCAAAGCUGGCCCACUACAAGGCAGUGUCUUGAGCGACGACGUUUCCCUUCGUACGAUCCAGCACUCGCUGCAAUGGCAUCAAGCCCUGCGUCGCUGCAAAGCUGGCCCACUACAAGGCAGUGUCUUGAGCGACGACGUUUCCCUUCGUACGAUCCAGCACUCGCUGUAUGGUAGCGUCCAGCUCCUUGGGCUUGUACCGACCACGUGGUCGGCCCAUGUCGGCGCCAAUCAACACUGA